ACAUAGACAUUGUGUAGCGUAAGAGUGAGAUACAUUGAACAUAACUAUGGCUAAUGAUACUCAUAAUAUCAUCCGUUGCACUUCUUGUAACAACACCUGGCAAAUUGUGAAAGAGACGAGGCGUUCACCUGAUUUUUCUCCACCUGAGGAUGUUCCUCAAAGUGAGUUUCGUCAAUAUUUUGAUACUGGAGAUGAGGCGACCAUAAGGGCAUUAAAGAGAAUGUUGGAAGAGAAACGUAGAACCGUUGCAGAACAACUUGAAAAUCACAUUGAACGCUUGAAAAAAAAAUUGAUUGAUGAGAAGGAAAGAAUACUUGCAAACAUCACUAAAGAAUAUGAAUUAACAAAAACAAAUUUAGAAAAACUCUCGGACGGUAAAACUGAAUUUACAAAUUUCAGAAACCCUAUUUUUCAAGAUGCUAAACAACUAAUGAAAGAAACUUUACUAGAACUAGAAGCGAUAAUUAUUUCUAAGGAUACUAAAUUAGAUAUUCUAGAACAAUUAGACGGCCCAAUAGCAGAAGUUCAUACUGAAGAAGGUUUUAUGUAUGACCUCACUCUGCAGUCUUGCGAAAACAUUAACCAGCAUAUGAGUGAUUCUUCAAAAAUUCUUAUCAAUGGAACAAAUUUGUUUCUGAUGAAUAGGUCAAAUGGUACAGAGAUAUUUGUUAUAAAUGUUGGCGUAACACCUUGGGUAAUAAGGAAUAGAUGGAGGGAGCAACAUAAAUUUAGCAGCUUUUCCGUUAGUCCAGAGGGAAAUUAUAUCCUAUUCUGCGAUAGAAUCAACGGAAUAAUCAAGAAAAGCGAAGUUGAAGUAGAGUCCUUAACAUUUACUGAUUUUAUUAGAGUUGACGAUGUGAGCGAAGCGUAUUGCAUUCCUGAGAACAAAACUUUAGUUCACCAUGACAGAAGAGUGACAUUGUUCAACAGAGAGGGUGCUAAAAUAUGGUCAUCUUUAUUCGAUAACCUAGAGCAUAUCGAUUUCCAAGUAGGUAAAUAUUUCUGCACGAAACAAGAUGAUAUAGAAAUUAGGUCUUUGCAAACUGGAAAUGAAAUUCGUAGUUUUCAAACAAGUGAAAAUUUCUCCGAAAUGCAUUCACUACUCUUUGGAAUCGUAAUCCUUCAACCAGAGCAAAAUCGUCUUGCUCUAUUAUCCAAUGUAGAUGGUUCGGUAAUUAAAGAAUUUCCGCUAGAGUUUACUCCAAAAACCAUGGCAGUUUCGCUAAAUAUUUUAAACCCAGCUUUCUGUAUAAUAUCUGAUGACAACAAAUUAUAUGUUAUGAAACAAGCUAAUUGA